AUGACAGUUCCCGAAAACACGCCGAAAGCUCGAGGCGCGACCGCCCAUCUACGCAAGAAGAUCGGGGGGACCAAUACGACCGACGCCGGUACAGCGCUCUCGAGGGAUCGAGAACGAGAUAGCGAAACCCGUCAGUACGGAUAUGGGGAGCGAGAAAGAGAGCGUGAACGCGGCAGAGACCGCGGUCGAUAUGACAGAGAUAUGGAUAGAGAGCGACGGGGAGGGUCUUCUCGACGUUCAAAGUCACCGAGAUCAAGACAGCGUUCGGGUUCAAAGUCCCCUCCGCCCGUCGACAAGGCGAAGCCCAACUUCGGUGCUUCUGGCCUGCUGGCAGCGGCCACCAACACCGUGAAGGCUGCGGACGGAUCGAGCACUGUUUUGAAGUACAACGAACCACCGGAGGCAAGGAAGCCGACCCUCGGGUGGCGGCUGUAUGUUUUCAAAGGAAAGGAGCAAGUGGAGCUACUCCAUAUACAUCGCCAGAGCGCGUAUCUGAUAGGGCGAGACCGACUAGUGGCUGAUAUCGUUCUUGAGCACCCCUCAUGCUCUAAACAACAUGCUGCUAUCCAACAUCGUUCUGUGCAAGAACGGGAUGAGUUCGGCGGUGUCAAGGCUGUGAUAAAACCAUUUAUCAUCGACUUGGAGUCCACAAACGGCACGCACGUCAAUGGCGAGCAAAUACCAACGUCCAGAUUUUAUGAGCUCAAAGCAGGUGAUGUUAUAAAAUUUGGAUUGUCUGUUCGCGAGUAUGUACUACUUCACGAUGAUGCGUAG